CUCUUUUUGCGUAACCCUUCUCCUGAGCUCCACCAAGUUACUUCAGCCCAAAUCAGAACCACUUGUACUGGCGCCAGUCAUCAAACUUCUGCGAUUGCAACUCUACCACUUGACCAAAGCCAUUGUCAGCGACAAGUUCAUAGCCGGAGUUAACCCUAGCUAUCCUCCAUUCAACCAGAUUCGCCGAAAGCCAAUACCAGUCCUGCCUGAUCAGACUCGCCGGCGGCAUCGCCUCCUCCUCCGAUUCCGUCGUAUAUUGUGAGCUGCUAUAAAAAAGAAAAAGAACAGAAAAAACCAGAAUUGUUGCGUUUUCUUUGGGGAAGGAUUACCAGAAAGCAACCAUGAGUUAAGGGUCCGAUGAGUUAAGGCCAGAUCGUGAGUAACUGCCAUUUCUUUGGAACGAAAGAACCCAAGAAAAAACCGCCAUCUAGGGUUUUAAAGCAACUGUUAAUCGUUGGACCAAUUUCUCAGUCUUGCGCUUCAAUGGAGAAUCCAAAGAAGAAGAAGAAAACCAGUCAAAAUCCUGAGGCAAAGUUCCAAUUUGAGCUCAACUCGUGUUCCAAGGCUAAGGACCUGCGAGGCGCCAUAUCUCUCUAUGACGACGCCGUUUUGAACAACACCCGCCUCAACCAACACCACUUCAAUGCCCUCCUCUACCUCUGCUCCAACUCCGUCGCCGACCACUCGCUCAAAACCACCGCACUUGAUUACGGUUUCCGCGCCUUCCGCCACAUGUCCGCUCUCGGCGUCGUUCCCAAUGAGGCCUCUGUCACCGCCGUCGCGCGCCUCGCUGCGGCCAAGGGUGAUGCCGAUUAUGCCUUCGAGUUGGUGAAGGGCAUGGGCAAGUACAACAAUGCUACCCCGAGACUGCGAACCUACGAUCCUGCGUUGUUCUGUUUCUGUGAAAUGCUAGACGCGGAUAAGGCUUACGAGGUGGAGGAGCACAUGAAUGGCGUUGGGGUGAGUUUGGAGGAGGCGGAAGUUGCCGCGCUUUUGAAGGUGAGUGCACGGAGUGGUAGAGCGGACAAGGUGUAUGAGUAUUUGCAUAAGCUUAGAAACUGUGUGAGGUGUGUUAGUGAGUCCACUGCGGUAAUUGUUGAGGAGUGGUUUUGUGGUGCCAAGGCCUCUGAGAUUGGUGAGGUGGAAUUUGAUGUGGGGCGGGUCAAAGACGGGGUUUUGCGGAAUGGGGGAGGGUGGCAUGGUCAGGGAUGGGUUGGUAAAGGGGAUUGGGCCGUCAGCAGGACGAGUGUUGGUGCUGAUGGACAUUGUUGUUGUUGUGGGGAGCAAUUGGUUUGUGUUGAUAUUGAUGAUGCAGAGACGGAGAAGUUUGCAGGGUCUGUUGCUGGCUUGGCCUUGGAACGAGAGGUCAAGGCCAAUUUUAGUGAAUUUCAGGCCUGGCUUGAAACACAUGACUCUUAUGAAGCUAUAGUGGAUGGAGCAAAUGUUGGGCUCUACAAACAAAAUUUUGCUGAUGGUGGAUUUAGCAUUUCUCAGCUUGAUUGUGUUGUAAAAGAACUUUACAAUCAGAGUGGGAAUAAAUGGCCGCUCGUUGUGCUGCACAACAAGCGCCUAAGAGGGCUGAUGGAAAAUCCUUCGAGCAGGAAACUGGUGGAGGAGUGGAUGAAUAGUGGUGCACUGUAUACAACUCCUAAUGGGUCCAAUGAUGAUUGGUAUUGGCUCUUUGCCGCAGUAAAACUUAGGUGCUUGCUUGUGACAAAUGAUGAAAUGCGAGAUCACAUAUUUGAACUCAUAGGAAGCAACUUUUUCAACCAGUGGAAAGAAAGACAUCAGGUUCACUACACUUUUAUUAAAGGAAACCUAAAGCUUCAGAUGCCUCCAUCAUAUUCAUUGGUUAUCCAGGAAUCGGAAAAAGGUUAUUGGCAUGUACCGCUAGCACCGGGCACUAGCAGUGAGUCUUCGGCAUGUUGGCUCUGCAUUACCCGGCCAAGUGGUCAUGAUGCUGUCACUACUGUUUCUAACGGUGUUAGUAGCUGCUUGGAUUCCCAAGUCGAUGAAAACAGUGCCACUUCCAUCAGUGGUAAAAGAAAAGAGAGGUCUCCUCCUUCAUGAUAAAUCUUUCCAUGGGCUUGCCCUUAGUUUGACUUGUCCUUUAACUGCUUUGGGUAUAAUGGUGGUAAUAUAAACGGCAGCAAACUGUGUCGUGGUUAUUGAGCUUCUGCAAAUGAUUUUAACCUAAUUGAAAAGGUAUGUUUUCAACCCUACACCAGUGGAAUUUCAAAUUCCAUUAGUUACCGUUUAAUCUCAUUGUUGCAAGUAUCUAAAGUGGUGCGGGGUUUCAGUCAUGGUUCCAAAGAGUUGGUUAGUUAGUGGCUGAUAUGCAGGACCAUACUGAAUGAAUGAAACAUCAUCAACUAGUCCAAAUAUGAAGUUGGUUUCUUUGUUCAAGAACUAAACGUUCAACAAUUAUACUUUAUUUUUUUAAUAUUAAAUGAUGAUUACUAACUUAAUUAGAAUCAA